GCACAUUUAGUUUACAGAUAAAAGGAUAAAGUUUUAUUGCUCUCUUUAUAUAUUUGUAAUAGCGGAAAUAAUGACAUCAUUUGUAUCCAAAACACACAAUUUCCAACAUGAAUUUGAAGUUGCUCCAAUUUAUUCCAAUGCUUCACCUAAUGAGGCAUUAAGAGAUCAUCACCAUAGUGAUGCUUAUUUAGCUUGUGAUGAUGAAAUACCCACAAUUGAUUACUCUCUAUUAUUAUCUCAUGACACUUAUCAAAGAUCUAAUGCCCUUGAAUUGCUUGGCCAGGCAUGUGAGGAAUAUGGCUUCUUCUAUCUGGUAAAACAUACCAUACCAGAUGAUGCCCUAAAAAAUGUUUUGAAAGGAGUUUCUAAUUACUUUGAUCCAACAACAAUUGAUGAGAGAAGAAUCUACAGUAAAAAGGGUUCAUCAGAUAAAAUUCGAUGGGGCCUAACUACUAAUGCUGGGGAAAAUAGGGAAUUUCUCAAAGUUAUUGCACAUCCUCAAGAUCAAGUUCCUUCCAACCCAUCAAUAAUCAGCAAAAUUGUAGAAGAAUAUAACAAUGAAAUGAGAAAGAUUGUAGCUGAAUUAGCAAAGGCAAUGUCAAAAAAUUUGGGGUUUGAUGAAAACUAUAUAGAGAACGCAUUCAACAUGAAUUUAGGGUUUGAUGUAGUGAAUGUGAAUGUUUAUCCACCUAAUUCUAAAGCUAAGGGUGAUAUUGGUCUCUCCAACCACACUGAUCCUGGUUUUGUGAUCACACUAAUGCAAGAUGUAAAUGGGGGUCUCCAAAUUCUAUCACAUAAAGGAAAGUGGAUUAGUGUUUAUAUUCCUCAUCAUGCUAUACUCAUUCAACUUGGUGAUCAUCUUGAGAUUUUGACCAAUGGGAAAUAUAAGAGUCAUGUCCAUCGAGUUAUUGUUAACAACAACAAGGUGCAAAGGAUCUCUGUUGUUACCCUUCAUGGACCUCCUCUAGACAAAUUUAUUGUCCCAGCUACAGAAUUUGUUGAUGAUGAAAAUCCACAGAAUUACAAUGGAAUGACCUAUAAAGAAUCAUUGAAAGCAAAUGGGAACAAUGAAAUCGAUGUAAAAUCAUCACUUGAUCAAAUUAAGUUAGUGUAAUAUUAUUAAUUAGAAGUUUUUUUUUUCUUUUUCUUUUUAACAAAUAACAACACACUAUCUAAAACUCUUUUUUAAUACAUCAUCGCUUAUAUUGAUUAAAAUGGAAGUCAAUCUCAUCAUUUGAAUAUAGAUUUCACUAAAUUACGUGAAUUUUAUAUAAAUUUGUUCUGACUCAUAUGAAUUUUAAUCGGCACGAGAGAUUGUAUUAAAAUGAGAGAGCGAAAUAUUGUGUUUCUAGUAUUUCUAUUUCUAUUUUUUUUGUGUCUGUGUCUAUUUUCUCCCACCAUGUGAUCUCUCUCAUACACCUCAUGCCCUUGGUGAAAAUAAAUGAGAUUUUAUAUAAUUUUGUAAUAAUAAUAUAAUGUAAUUAAGAAUAUACUGUAUGAAUAAAUGAAAUGUUUAAUAUUAAAA